UGUAGACGCACUUCCAAGUAUAGGCGACGAGUCUCGUCCAAUGGUUAUGGUGUUGAUCUACUUGCUUGAUUAUUAGUAUACGAAUGUCUUUUUUCCCUUUCGUAUCUUCCUCUGGUCUCUCUUUUUUCUAGUGAGGUCGGCGGGCUCCACCACAAUCAUACGAAUGUCUUUUUUUGUUGACAACUGGUCCUCAAGGUCUGUCAUGAGCUGCCUGUAUCUUUGAAACACUGUCAGGCCACGUCUUUACGGCCUUCGCGAAGGAUGGCACCUGCAGGGACAACGCACAGCAUACGUACUGCAUACCUCUCAUCAAAGUUCUUCCAGUAAAAGACGUAAAAACUCGGUUCCGUGCAGCGGUUCGAGGCAAUUGCCGCAUCCAAGGGCUCUACAGAGGGAUCCGAAAAAUUGUUAUUACUUCAUACCAAACAAGUCAUUUGAGAUUGAGUGAAGUUUUUUCAUCUCGUCUGUGAAGUAGGUUUUUUGACUUUCUAAGGUUAACAAGGUUAUUUGAGAUUGAGCGACUACGUCGCAGUUGUUCCUUCACAACGAUUACAAUCCGUAGUUGUAUUCUUGUGAAUUUCAGUUACUCCUUCACAAGUAUUGCAAACGCUAGGACCAAGCGGGCGACCUGACUCUCCAGUUGGAGGGACUGGUGGGCAGCCUGCUCCUCCAGGAGGAGGGACGUGAUAGGAUUGGUUUUCUUACUGUAGAGGACGCACUAGUUAGGGUAGAGCAGUACUUAUGUUUCUAUCUUGCGUAGCAGGGAUAGGCAGUAAGAAUAUUAUUGUGCUGUUGAGCGUAGUACUAAGUUGAAAACGUAUUGAACGUAGUAGAAAAUUCGUAUUCGUGAACGCAAUAGUAAAACGUUUACUAGGUGGAAAAAGAUUGUGCUUCGAAUUUGGGCAGCUCCAUCGAUCGAUAUGAUGUGAUAAGACGGCGGAGACGUACGAGGAAGAUGUAUUUAUCAGCUGUAUGAGGCAUUAGGGGUAAGAUGUAGGCGAGUAAUUCCCUCGUCCGCUGAAAAAAGGUGACCGCUUCUAGGAUGGUUUUCUUGGUCGGCAUCUGUAGACGGGCUACGAGUUGGUUAGCAUCUCUAACACGGAUGCUAAUCAACAUGGUCUUUGAAUCAAAUUGAUAUGGUCACAAAACAGAAGAUGGUUAUGUUGAUGUAGUUCUUGGUCGUUGUAGUCCCUUUUCACAUUGAUCACACAAAACAGUAACAGGGUUGUUUUCGAGCAGUAUUCUGUCUGCUUGAAGGCUCUUUGCUUGGAACAUUUAGUACCUUCUUUAAAAGGAAAAGAGGCUCAGUGACCUGUGGGCUUUAUCAAUCAGGAUGGUUCAAAAGGUAAAAGAAUACUGAGGCUUAGCAGGAAGACUAAAGUACGCCUAAGCCUUGCUGCCCAGCUAAAAAGAGUCAGAUUCUAGGACCAUAUAAAUUUUCUAGUUCAGAGCCACCUAGUUGCUUCGCCCAUGUGAAACCGCAUUUAGUGUCAGCUAAGUUGCGCCGCAAUAUGCAAAUACUUACUCAAGAGUCUUCACGGCUUCGUUUUUCGGGUCAUUCAAUCAGGAUCGAACUUAAUUAAGGCCGCUGCACACUGGAGCAUCUUCGCUAGGAGCGGUUGUGUCUGCGGUAAUAUGAUGUAGAACUACAUCUUGUUCCUCAAAUCGCCCAUCAUUUUCAUUCCCGGAGUCGAGUCGUGUGUCUGGAUGAACGUAACCCAAACCUCACCUAAGCCUAGGCUAUAAGCUAAGCCUAAACUAACCGAAGAAAGCUAGGCUAUCAGCUAAACCUAAACUACUAGCCGAAGAAACCUCAAGCGUAGCACGAAGACCAGGAUGAAAUGUUGUUACACCCGACGUCGUGUGUACUUUAUAUAUUUAUAGUUGUCAAUUCUAUUGAUUAAGUUAGCGUCUGGGAAAUCUUAGGCAGCUCGCCGAAUAGAUUCAAAUCAUCAAGUAGAAGUAUAACAAGCAGAAGAGAUUUAACUUUAACGAAUCAUCGAUCGAUCUUCUAUUUUCAGUCAGUGGUAGCAUUCUACUUUCAUUUUCACGUCGGAAAUUCGUAUGACCAUGAAGUAGAUCAAGGAUUUUCUGAGAAUUCAAAAUCGUAGCCUGGUGUUUCUUACCGAUGAUGUUGUGUUUCUCGGAUACACUUUCGCACUCGAAACUACUCCAUGCUAUUUUCGUUCAAACAUUACUUAUUCACACACCAUCAAAGAAACCCUCGUCAGUUUUCUCUCAUGUUACAUCCUGUCGUGGCUUGCAUGUAUCAGUGCCAAAAGCUG